GAGGGGAGCAGCAGAUAUGCUGCUGAGGAGAGAGCGCAUUGUUUGUGCUCCGGAGCUGUUAGGGAAAUAAUCUGCACCAUCUAAAGUAAGAUGCUGUGAGAGCAGAAAGUGUGUCCUCUCAUUAAGUCGCAGUGUGGGAACUGGAGGCCACUCCAAGAACUAAUUGUCCAGUCGUCUUGCCAAGGAUGCUAGAAGCAAAGAAUCAUCAAAGUUAGAGAAGGUAAACAUCAGUGGCAUAAUUCACUUUUCUGCUGCAGUAUAUUUUUUAAUUAAAAGGAGCUGAACCAAACCCAGAGGGGAAAUAUCCUACAUGUAAUGAGGAAGGCAAUAGAACAAAGAACGGAAUCUUGUCUUAGAAAAUGACAUUAAACCAAACAAAAAUCUACAUUCCUGGUACACUAAGAUCAAAUCAAUGGUAAUUGGUGUAAAGCAGAAAGGAAGCCUUCACACAAGCAUCCAAGCUGAAAAGGGACCUGCUGGAAUCGAUGCAAUGAGAGUAGAAGGAGCAAUUACAAGUUGUGUGUCUCAUUUCUCCCUAGUCCGAGCCUGAGCGUCUGCUGGAUGGGCUGGAUUACAUUGCCCGUGGCAUGCGUGCACAGCCUUCACCUGCACAAGGGAUGUAAUGGAAUUGCAGCAAUCUAAAUGACUCUGCUAUGGAGGAAAAAUAAUCUUUUUGUCCGACCCUUUUACCAAGAAGCAAAAACAUGAAGAUUUUUGCCAGCCUUCAGCUGGUAGUUUUAGCCUUAUUUUCCAAAGGAGUUUUACUUUCUUCAAGUGACCAUAACUUUGUAAGGAAAGAGAUAAAGUUUGAAGGUGACCUUGUUUUAGGAGGUUUAUUUCCAAUAAAUGAAAAGGGCGGCGGAGUAGAAGAGUGCGGCAGGAUUAAUGAGGAUCGAGGUAUCCAGCGUCUGGAAGCCAUGCUGUUUGCUAUUGAUCACAUUAACAGAGACAGUACCCUUCUUCCUGGAAUAAAAUUAGGCGUACACAUUUUGGAUACCUGUUCGAGGGACACUUAUGCACUGGAGCAAUCACUAGAAUUUGUUAGGGCUUCCUUGACAAAAGUGGAUGAAGCAGAAUACGUGUGUCCAGAUGGGUCACUUGCCAUUCAAGGGAACAGCCCUCUACUUAUUGCAGGUGUGAUUGGCGGCUCCUAUAGCAGUGUAUCUAUACAGGUCGCUAAUUUGCUGAGACUCUUCCAUAUUCCUCAAAUAAGCUAUGCUUCCACCAGUGCCAAACUUAGUGACAAGUCACGUUAUGACUACUUUGCAAGAACAGUGCCACCAGACUUCUAUCAGGCAAAAGCGAUGGCUGAAAUUUUACGUUUCUUUAAUUGGACAUAUGUGUCUACUGUUGCCUCUGAAGGAGAUUAUGGGGAGACAGGAAUUGAAGCGUUUGAACAAGAAGCAAGAAUGAGAAACAUUUGCAUUGCCACUUCUGAAAAAGUUGGGAGAUCAAAUAUUAAAAAGUCAUAUGACAAUGCAAUAAGAGAACUAUUACAAAAGCCAAAUGCAAAAGUUGUGGUUCUUUUCAUGCGGAGUGAUGAUACCAGAGAACUUCUGGCUGCUGCCAACAGGUUUAAUGCUUCUUUUACUUGGAUUGCCAGUGAUGGGUGGGGAGCUCAAGAAAGUAUUGUUAAAGGCAACGAACACAUAGCAUAUGGGGCAAUUACUUUAGAACUUGCUUCACAUCCUGUUAAAGAAUUUGACAAGUACUUUAAAAGCCUUAACCCCAACAAUAAUCAUCGCAAUCCAUGGUUUAGGGAUUUUUGGCAACAAAAAUUUCAAUGUAGCCUGCACAACAAAACAGAAAAACCAUGUGACAGGCACCUGAAUAUCAACAGCUCUAAUUAUGAACAAGAAUCUAAAAUUAUGUUUGUGGUAAAUGCAGUAUAUGCAAUGGCACAUGCCCUGCAUAAAAUGCAACAGGCUCUGUGCUCAAAUACCACCCAUCUGUGUGAUGCCAUGAAAACUGUAGAUGGUAAGAAACUCUACAAGGAUUAUUUGCUGAAAGUAAACUUUACAGCUCCAUUUAUCCCACCAACUACAGACAGCAUUGUGAAGUUUGAUGCAUAUGGAGAUGGACUUGGGUUAUACAAUGUCUUCAAUUUUCAAUAUAAUAAUGGGAAAUAUUCCUACUUAAAGAUAGGUCAGUGGGCUGAGACCUUAUCCCUAGAUGUAGAUGUGAUACAAUGGUCUAAAAGUUUGGUGCCUACAUCACAGUGUAGUGAUCCCUGUGCUCCAAAUGAAAUGAAGAAUAUGCAGCCAGGAGAUGUUUGUUGUUGGAUCUGCAUCCCAUGUGAAACAUAUGAGUACCUAGCAGAUGAGUUCACUUGUGUUGAUUGUGGAGCAGGACGGUGGCCAACACCAGACCUAACAGGUUGUUAUGACCUACCAGAAGACUACAUUAAGUGGGAAGAUGCAUGGGCUAUAGGACCAGUGACAAUUGCUUGUCUUGGCUUUGUGUGCACAGGUCUGGUUGGAGGAGUAUUUAUCAUGCACAACAGCACUCCUUUGGUCAAGGCUUCAGGACGUGAGCUCUGCUACAUUCUCUUGAUUGGAGUUUUUAUGUGUUACUGUAUGACAUUUUUCUUCAUAGCCAAACCUUCCCCAGUCAUAUGUACUCUACGCCGCCUUGGGCUUGGAACUUCUUUUGUAGUUUGUUACUCAGCUCUUCUUACAAAGACAAAUCGAAUUGCCAGGAUCUUCAGUGGUGUAAAAGAAGGUGCUCAAAGACCUAAAUUCAUUAGCCCCAAAUCUCAAGUCAUCAUAUGUCUGAGCCUCAUUUCUGUUCAGAUUGUCAUUGUGUCUGUAUGGCUGAUGUUGGAAUAUCCUGGUACCAGGCGGUUCACACUCCCUGAGAAAAGGGAAACCGUCAUAUUAAAAUGUAAUGUUAAAGAUUCCAGUAUGUUGAUUUCUUUAACAUAUGAUGUGGUUCUUGUGAUAUUAUGUACAGUAUAUGCCUUCAAAACAAGGAAGUGCCCAGAAAAUUUCAAUGAAGCCAAGUUUAUUGGAUUUACAAUGUACACAACUUGUAUUAUCUGGCUUGCAUUCCUACCUAUAUUUUAUGUGACAUCAAGUGACUACAGGGUCCAAACUACAACCAUGUGUAUUUCUGUAAGCCUCAGUGGUUUUGUAGUCUUAGGAUGCCUGUUUACACCGAAGGUUCACAUCAUUCUAUUUCAGCCACAGAAAAAUGUUGUAACACACAGACUCCAUUUAAAUAGAUUCAGCGUUAGUGGUACUGCAACUACGUAUUCCCAGUCCUCAGCCUCGGCCUGUGCACACUACACACCUAACAUCUGCAAUGGAGGAGAGGUUCUAGACUCCACUACGUCUUCCUUAUAAUCGUUAUCAACAUUUCUGACCUUAUGGUUUUUAGACUGUUAGAAAAUAUGCACUUCUUGUGCAGUCCUGUAUUUUUAUUUUGCAGAAAAUAAUAUAUUAUUCAGGACUGUACACAAUGAUGUUCUAGAGCUUUUUAGACAGGUUCAAUGACCACUGUAACAUAAAGAUUUAGAGACCAUGUACAUAAGGUGCAUUAUGUAUACAACAGAGAUGAACAAACUUUUAAAAUCUAUUCUGUUAUUUUUUCACCUUUCUGCAUUUGGUAGUAACAUUUUGCACAUUUUGCCAGUGGAAUCUGAUCUGUUACAGAGCGCACACAUCUACGGGUGAUUCAUAUUGGUAUAACCUAUUCGAAGAAUAUUGGUUUCAAUAGGUGUCAGUGGAAUGUGAAAUGGAGAUUAGUCCACACAGAUGUCCUUAUUUGGUAACAGCGGUAUUCAGAGUUACAGCAGUGGGCACAGAGUUAACAGUGGUAAUGCAGGCUGUGACAGCGGUGAUAGAUCUAACAGAGGAGCUAAGUCCAUACAGUACUGCAGCACUCUAUCAUGUGGUUCAAACAGAGUGCAUGCUCAGUAACACAAAACUGACGUCAUCCCACCAGCACAUCAAUGUACACAGAAGGAGACAGUGCAGAGUUGUAUGAAUCUUAUUUACAAUUCCACUUAAGGCUGAAUGGCCACAACUGGCGGGUAAUGGGGUAUUUGCAAGUAGGCAAAGUUAAUGGAAGGUGUGACAAGGAUUGGGCUGGUGCUAGUGAUGGAUAUGGACGAAGUGGCUUCAUAUAUCUGGGCAUACGGGUGAAUAAUAUCCACAUUCAUUCCAUGUACGCGAAGCAAUUGUAAUUGUGGAUAGUAUGCAGCUCUUAAUCUGCUUCACAGGGCAUAAUAACAUUCCAUAUAACUCAAUGUCUUUAUAGUAUCUCUGUGAAAUAGCCGGUUUCACCAUGAAUCUCGAUUUUACCAGAAAUGUCUGUAUAAUUUCGCUCAUCUCUAGUACACAACUUGCUGUUCCCAGCAUCUGCCAUUUCAGUAUAUGGUCAUUUACCUUCCUAUGACUAUUUUGUAAGUUAGGUUAAGGUUGUAAUAACUUUCAGAUUGCAUAUAAUUACAGGUUAUGUAACUGGUUGUUUUUGCACAAAUGAGGCAGUAUUAAUGUAAAGAAGCCAGUAAUAAAAUCUUUACCAAGGUUUUCAGCAUGUAUUUCUUGGUAAUUUUCAACUAUUUUGUUGCACUGACAUAAAGGUUUCUGGAGAUAUAAAAAGUAAAAUGAAUGUAUGGCUUCUGGAGUAAUUCUGCAAAUGACUGAUAUGGAAACAAUACAACUUAUAAAGAUAUAUCAGUAUUAAUUUAAAAUAGCACUAUGUUUCUUAAAUAUUUACAGUAACAAGCUUGGUUAAUUUUCUUCACAAUACACUGGAACUAUAGAGGGAAUCAAUAAUAUACCCUGCAAUGACCAAGACAUUCAACUGUCUGAAGUAUUUGUCCAUACUGUAUGUACUCAAGAAGAAGCCCUACCUGUUUACAAAGGCAUUGGUACCAUAAGUGCAGCGGGUGCAGCUGCUAUGAGACCCAGAGCUGAGAGGGGCACCACCUUUCCUGUCAAAGUUACUUAUGCUAUAUACAUUUUUCACCAUUGGGUGGUACAUAGGGGCCCUUACAAACUUUUGCCUUGGGGCCUGCAGUAUAUCUAGUUAUGUCCCUGGACCUGCUCAUUGUAAUGUAGUAUAAAAUGAACUGGAGGGCAUUCUAAUGUUUCAUAAUAUGAGCUACUGUAAUGUGGCACAGUAUGAAGUGGAGGCACUAAAGUGUGGACUAAUAUGAAUUGGGGGCACUGUAAUAUGACAUAAUAUAAACUGGGGACACUGUAUGUCUUAAUUAUGAAAAAGGGGUACUGAGUUGCAUUAUGUGUACUGACAUCCCUACAAUGUGACAUAAUGUGAACUAGGGCACUACUAUGGUUCAUAAAAUAAGCUAGGGCACUACUAUUGGGCAUAACAUUAAUAACUGCUGCAGAGAGGUGUCUAGAAGCAGCCCCUUCAAAAUGUUGCUAUGGGGCCCUCAAAGUUCUGGCAAUGCUUCUGUCUGUUUAAUAUAUGUAAUGACUUCAGUUGAAUAUGUUACAUAAUGAAAACAAGACCCAACUACACAUAGUUAUGACCAAUAUGUAUUUUUAAAGAAGGCAAUGGACACAGAUACUGUAUUAGGUUUAAUGGGCCUAAUACAGACCUGAUCGCAGCAGCAAAUUUGUUAGCUAAUGGGCAAUACCACAUGCACUGCGGGGGGGCAGAUAUAACAUAUGCAGAGAGAGUUAAAUUUGGGCGGGGUGUGUUCAAAGUGAAUUCUAAAUUGCAGUGUAAAAAUAAAGCAACCAGUAUUUACCCUGCACAGAAACAAUAUAACCCACCCAAAUCUAACUCUCUCUGCACAUGUUAUAUGUGCCCUCCCUUCCCCCGCAGUAAACAUGGUUUUGCCCAUUAGCUAACAAAUUUGCUGCUGCGAUCAGGUCUGAUUUAGGCCAAAUGUUCACCUGGCUGUUUACAGUGGAAGACAGAAAAAAUGGAUUGUGCACACCUUAGAUUGACAGUUAUUUUUAAAUGAAGAAAGUUUUGCUUUCUCCCACUUAAGAAGCCCUUUCUCCCGCACAAAGUUAAGGCAUCCAUUUUGCGAGCUGAGCCAACAACACAGCUGGUUUACAAGAAACCGAUAGCAUAUGUGCGGCUGAGACUUGCUGUCACAAGGCAUGACUAAUUUUGAGGUAAAUUGGUAAGGAACAUUAUUAUAAAUAUUGGUUCAUACCACAAAAGUAUGUCCACUUGAGUCAAUAUACUUGCUAAAUAUCCACAUAAUCAAGAGUCAAUUACAAUAUACAUUUACUGUGCUAAUGUAUUUACCUAAUUUAAUCCUGUUCUCUCUUCAGAGUAUAAUCAUAAUACUUCUGCUUGUGAUUCAUACCUCAGAAAAUCAAAGAAUGAAAGGCUCAUUGGAUUAUAUGUAAGUCAGAUGCUCAUAACUAUCGCUUAGUAUGUUAACAAAAAAUAUAUGAUUUCAACACAGACUAAUCUGUCUCUAUUAAAAUAUGCACCUGACUUCCACCCCGACAUUAAAAAAGCACAAACAGGGCUAAAUUGGUUGAAAUCUAACAGGAACAGAUUGUGAAGGAGCCAUUGGAAGUAUAUGGGAACUCCUAUGCUGAAAGACUUACAGUAAAUUGAAAGCACACGAAAAGUGAAAUAAUGAACAAUCUUAUAACAAAGAACUCUAAGUAAAGCACAAGUCCACUUAUUUUAUUCUCCUUCAAUGCAUUUUUGAUCUUCAAAUGAACACUUUCUACCAUGACUAAUCUGUAACUGGAAUGAGCAAUGUAAAAAGUUACGGAAAGGACUAAAGAAUAUACUAUAUUGUGAUUUGUAUUUCACUAAGCUGUGUAUUCGUAAAUUCUAACCCUAAGGAACACAUAAGCUAAAAAGUGUUUUUACUUAUCUAGAAAUAUUAUUAAUAGAAACAAUGUAAAUCACUGUGGUCACAUUAUCCAAAAUGUAUGUUCUAAUGUAUGAUGGAGAUACAGAGAUGUUUAGACUAUUGAAUAUACUGUACUAAACCUGUCUUUCUUAUAAUGUAACUGCAGAUUUUGUAUGAACAGUGAAAAAGAUGGGUGUCUUUAGCCGAUAAUAGUAUUAUUACAAUAUUGUAAAUCCACUGUGCAGGUUACACAAAUUAUUCUUGAUUGACACUUUUUUUAAUAAACGUACUAAAUAUUGGUUACUAUGAAAGACAGUGCUGCGUGUCUUGUUUAAAGUUCAGAAUGUUCAUUCA